AUGAGCAGCGGUACAAUUGAUGAUGCAUUGUUUCCCCUGCAUCGAAUCGAUCAGGACAUGGUUUUCGAAGAUAAGAAGAAUAUACUUUUGUCGAACCAGAUAAUUCUAUUCGUUUUAAACACAUCUCAUUACAUGACAGAUUUGAUAUAUGCACUGUACUUUCUAUCAUUCUGUGAAAGGGAAGAUAUAAAUGAUGGGACCAAUAGUGCUAGCGCUCGUAACUCACAUGGUGGUAGUGAGGAACAUAAACGUGAUGUAGCAGAACAGCUAGCAGAGAUUAGAAAACAAUUGUAUGCAUUGGUUUAUCAAGUCAGAACGAAUUUUAGACAACUGUUGGAUGAUUGCCGAAAGACGAGAGUAGAUUCUGCACCAAAAUUUAGACGUCUAGUGGAUUGGAAUUUAGUCUGUGUUCUUGGUGUUAUUAAUGACCUUUUGAUAUCAGAGAUGAGGCACAUUUCCACGCCACUUUCAGUACAGUUGCAUAACUGUAUGCUGGGAUUUGCUAACUUAUACCAAUUCUUGAAAAAGAUUCCAUUGCAGCACCAAUACCAAAUCACUAAACCUCAAUUAGAUGUACUUUUACAAGCAUUGGGAGUUGAAUUGAUACCGAGCUGGAAAUUACAAUUAGAUUUGUUGAACUAUCGAUUAUUCAGCACACUAGCAUGUAACGAUUCCAUCGUCUCAGAAUACAGAAAGAGCACCGGUGACUCCGAUACAAAUGUUAAGAAUGGUGAAGGAUUCAAAGUACUAGUGAAUUGGUUAAAAGACGAAAUUAUUGGUGAUGUGACGCUGUAA